AUGUGUCAUCUUAUACGUAAGACUAGUGGUGAUGCAAAGGAAAUAGUAGCUAAAUAUCCUAUUUCGCAUUUAGGAUUUGACAUGGCGUGGAAUAGCCUUAGGGCUGCUUACGAAAAUCCACGUAUGUUGGUUAACAACCAACUUAAAUCUCUUUUUAAUCUUCCUAUUAUUGAAAAGGAAACUUCUGAAGGUCUCAAGACCAUACAAAGAGGUAUAAACAGUUGUCUUUCGGCCUUAUCAAUAUAUAAUGUUUCGACGGAAAAUUGGGAUCCGAUAAUUGUUUUCCUUUGUGUUCAACGACUACCCGAUAACUCUGUUACCUUAUGGGAACAAAGUAUAAAAGACAAAUUCGUAUUGUCUGUUUGGAAAGAUCUGGAUGCAUUUCUGACAGAAAGAAUUCAGACCUUAGAAUGUCUACGUGACAUUAGGGAAGUCCCACAAUCUAAAAAAUUAUCGACUCCAAAGGUGAAGGCGCACCAUGCCACUUCAUCUUCUUCCCUUUCUUGCAUUUUAUGCAAGAAUCAAAGCCAUUUUCUGCGGGAUUGUAAGAGAUUUAAAAAACUUUCGGUAAUGGACAGAUUCUCGACUAUUAAGAAACAUCACUAUUGCAUUAAUUGUUUGUCACGAAAUCAUGAAGUGAAAGAUUGUAAGAGUCUGCAUUGUUGUUCUAUUUGUAAAAAGAAGCACAAUACUAUGUUACAUAGAAAUGUGCCUACUUCAGAGGAUUCAAAUGGAAGUUCUAGAACUUCUAAUUCGGGUCCGAGCACAAGUGCUAUAUCACAAGCUGCUCUAUCUAUACCCACAGAUUCUUCUCAAGUAGCAACAUCUAACAGCUCUAACACCUCAGCUCCUAUUAAUAGACAGGCGUUUUAUACUUCGCAAAACCAAACCGUAUUGUUAGGAACAGCGAUGGUGAAUAUUCAUCACCAGGGUAUGACGUACCCAGCUCGUGCUCUCAUUGACCCUGCUUCGGAAUCAUCGUUUAUUUCCGAAAGAGUACAGAAUCGUUUAAGAAUUUUGACGCAAUCGACGAAUGCUCAAAUAUCUGGUAUCAACCAGGCGAAUUCUGUAAUAUCAAGGAAAUCGUGUUCCAUUUAUAUUGGCACGCCCUUGGACUCUUCAAUUGUUUUGAGUACAGUAGCUCUCGUUUUGCCAACGAUCUCUGGUGAUUUACCCUCAUUUGUUAUAUCGAAUGAGUAUCGAAAUGAUUUGCCAAAUAUACGUUUGGCAGAUACUAACUUAUUUGAUUCUAAACCAGUAGAUCUACUCUUAGGGGCAGAUUUAUAUCCACGAAUUAUAAUGGGUUCAGUUAGAAAGGUUUUAGGGACAUUAGUGGCUCAGAAAACUAUUUUCGGCUGGAUUAUUACUGGUCCAGUUCCUCAGUCUUCAAUUCAGGUAUACAGCACUAGAGUUGAAUUUUCUGAAGAAGAUAAUAUAAAUAGUACCUUACUUAGAUUUUGGGAAAUAGAGGAACCUCCUAAACGGAAACUUAUGUCAGCACAUGAUCGUAUGUGUGAGGACAAUUAUAAGAAAACUACUCGUAGGGAUUCUACUGGUAGAUAUGUGGUAACAUUACCAUUUAAACCUGAAUUUCCCGAGACGUUAACUUUAGGUCAGUCUAAACAGAAUGUUAGGGCGCAAUUUAUACGGACAGAAUCCUCUCUCUUGAGAAAUCCUGUCAUCAAGAAUAUGUAUGAUGACGUCGUUAAGGAAUAUUUAACUUUAGACCAUAUGCGUCCAGUUAAAGACUCUCCUUCAUCUUCUUGCUACCUGCCUCAUCAUCCAGUUAUAAAAUUGGACAGAAAGACCACAAAAUUACGUGUGGUUUUCAAUGCGUCGAAUAAAACGUCUAACGGCAACAGUCUUAACGAUUGUUUAUUUGUGGGACCCACAUUACAGGCAGAUCUCGUUCUCCUGAUUUUACGUUGGCGCUUUUUUAGGUUUGUGUUUAAUUGUGAUAUAACACAAAUGUAUAGGCAGAUUAGACUUGAUAGUUCUCAUACUCCAUUUCAACGAAUUUUGUUUCGUGAUUCUCCGACGGAGGAAAUUCAAGAGUAUGAGUUACAGACUGUAACCUUCGGUGUUAAUUGUGCACCUUAUCUUGCCAUUCGUACCUUGGUACAAUUGGCUGAAGAUUCCGAAGCUGAGUACCCUCUAGCGGCGAAAAUACUUCGGAAAUGUAUGUACGUCGAUGACGUAUUAACUGGGACUCACGAGAUCUCAACCGCUUUGAUCGCUCGCGAUCAACUUAUAGCGGCUUUAACAUCAGCGGGUUUUGUUCUUAGGAAAUGGACUUCGAAUGAGAAAGCCAUCCUAUCUGGUAUACCCGUUGAGCAUUUAGUAGAUGCCAAACUAUUGACAUUUAUUGAGUCAAGUAGCUCAAAAACUCUUGGGUUACGGUGGAAUGCUCAGUCGGACUCUUUUUAUUUUAAUGUGGAUCGUAUUUCGAUGCGAUCAAGUCACACGAAAAGGGAGGUACUAUCUAUAAUAGCUAGAUUAUUUGACCCUGUUGGAUGGUUAGGACCAGUCAUUAUUGUCGCUAAGAUGAAGGUUUGGCAGGACCAGAUAGAUUGGGACGCAGCUCUUAAGCCCGCUACUGAAGCCGAAUGGCAAAAAUUUGCUGCUUCAUAUCAUGAAGUAAACGACAUCCAGAUUCCUAGAUGGGUUAAUUAUAUACCUAAUUCUACAGUGGAGCUUCACGUCUUUUCAGAUGCAUCUGAAAAAGCUUAUGCAGGGGUAAUUUACGCUAGAGUCGAAAGACCUAAUGGCGAAAUUUAUACCCAUCUGUUAACUGCUAAAACGAAAGUAGCUCCCAUCAAAUCAAUUUCUCUACCACGACUUGAACUCUGUGGUGCACUUCUUGCGACGGAUCUGUUAAAAUCCGUAUUAUUCGAAAUUGACAUCCCAUUAUGUCAAAUAUAUUGUUGGACUGAUUCUACAAUCGUCCUUGCUUGGCUGAAAAAGGACCCUUGUUCAUGGGCAACCUUUGUAGCCAACAGAGUUUGUAAAAUUCAGGAAGUGGUCGGAAGACAUAAUUGGCACCAUGUCAAAUCUGACGACAACCCAGCAGACUUGGCAAGUCGGGGUAUUUCACCCUCUGAUUUGAUACAGAACAAUCUAUGGUGGCAUGGUCCAAAUUGGCUUCGGGAAAAAAGCACUACCUGGAAUCUAGGAAAUUUGGCUUUAUUAGAUACGGACUUAGAGGCUCGUGCAGUAAAAUCGCAUGCUUCAUUUUUUUCGAAUUAUGAAGACAUUCUUGAGAGAUUUUCUUCUCUUGAUAGGGCAAUUCGAGUGUUAGCCUAUGUAUUUAGAUUUUUCUAUAAUACUCACUCGGCUCAUAAAAAUCAAAAUUCCUUUGAGUCUACCAUCGUGACAAACAUUGAGGUUAAGAAAGUAAAACUACGAUUGGCCAUUUUGGCUCAAAAGGUAAAUUUUGUCGAAGAAUACCAAUGUCUUUUGGAUAAAAGACCACUAUCUUCGAAAAGUCCUUUAUUGACUUUGAAUCCAUUUCUGGAUAAUGAGGGUGUUAUGAGACUUAAUGCUCGUUUGACAAAAUCACCUUCAUUAGUCUAUACCGAACGGCAUCCCAUAUUGUUGCCAUAUUCUUGUCGCUUUACCCGUCUUUUGAUUGAGUUCGCCUACGUUUGUAUUUUUGUCUGUUUUGCGACUAAGGCCAUCCAUUUAGAAGUUACUUCAGAUUUAUCAACUGAUAGAUUCUUGGCCGCUUUUAAUCGAUUUAUAUCGAGACGAGGUUGUCCCACUACUAUGUUCUCCGACAACGGAACGAACUUUGUGGGAGCUUCGCGUGAACUGGAAAGGGAUUUUAGAACAUUUUUGUCAGAAAGUCGUGCUCGGAUGUGUUCCACUUACGGUAUUAAUGGACUAACUUGGCGAUUUAUUCCAGCAGGCGCUCCUCAUAUGGGAGGCCUAUGGGAAGCGGGAGUUCGAAGUUUUAAACUUCAUUUCCGUAAAGAAGCUAAGUCCGUGAAAUAUACCUUUGAGGAACUAUCGACGGUUCUCGCAAGAAUUGAGGCUUGUCUUAAUUCGAGACCGUUGUGUCCAAUGAGUGAUGAUCCGAAUGAGCCAGUAGCUCUUACUCCUGGUCAUUUUUUGAUCGGAUCACCAAUACUAGCUCCACCGGAGCCUUCUAUAUAUGAAUCCCCAAUCAGUCUCAUAAAUAGAUAUAUGAAAGUCAAAGCGCUAUCCCAUCACUUCUGUCGACGAUGGAAGGAAGAAUAUCUAUCAAAUCUUCAUAAAAGAUAUAAAUGGAAAUACCCUGAACGAGACUUAUCUGUAGGUGACUUAGUAGUUAUAAAAAAUGAACAAAUGUCUCCGACUUCCUGGAAACUAGGUAGAGUUGUUAAAACUUAUCCGGGAAGUGAUGAACAUGUUCGCGUCGCUGACAUACGAACAGAAAAUGGCAUAAUAAAGCGACCAAUCACAAAAUUAGUCGUUUUGACUAAUGAAACAUUAUAA